UCCCAUCUGCUGUAAAGUAAAGUUGCUCGCUAUUGUACACUGGAGCGCUAACAACUGCGGUGAGCCGAACGUGAGAGACCAGAUUCCUCUAUAAUUGCUACAGAUCUGAGACGCGGCCUAUUUAGUCAAUCAGACAAUCGAGGCUGUGAUCAGUCUGCACAUUCUCCUCCCCCUUGUAGUGGUCUCCCAUGCCACAACCACCACCACAACCAUUUCCUUCCUCCUCAGACGAGCAGCGCCUGAAGUGCAACGCCACUCGACGCAGCUAGCAGCCAUGGAAGGUGGCCACGCGCUGCGCGCCGCCGGCGACGUCUUCUUCCGCGCCUCCGAUGAUCAGCUCUCCAUCUCCCCGGUGAUCGCCGCCGCCGUCGUCGAGUGGUGCGUCCAGGCGUGGGGGAAGGUCAGGGCGGAGCUCCUCGUGCCGCUGCUUAGGGCCACGGUGGUGAUGUGCAUGGUCAUGUCGGUGAUCGUGCUGGCGGAGAAGGUGUUCCUGGGGACGGUCAGCUCCGUGAUGAAGCUGCGGCGGCGGCGGCCGUGGCGGAUGUACAGGUGCGACCCCAUCGCGCGCCCCGACGAGGAGGAUGCUGGCUCCGAGGCAUAUCCCAUGGUGCUCGUCCAGAUCCCCAUGUACAACGAGAAGGAGGUGUACCAGCUAUCAAUAGGGGCAGCAUGUAGGCUCACAUGGCCGGUGGAUCGAUUAAUAGUGCAGGUCCUGGACGACUCCACGGACGCCGUCAUCAAGGAGCUUGUGAAGAGCGAGUGCGAGCGGUGGGCGGCGGAGGGGAUCAACAUCAAGUACGAGACGCGCAAGGACAGGGCCGGGUACAAGGCCGGGAACCUCAAGGAGGGGAUGCGCCACGCCUACGUCCGGGGCUGCGAGUUCGUCGCCAUGUUCGACGCCGACUUCCAGCCGGCGCCGGACUUCCUCGUCAAGACCGUCCCGUUUCUCGUCCACAACCCCAGCGUCGCGCUUGUGCAGACGCGCUGGAAGUUCGUAAAUGCCAACGACUGCUUGCUGACAAGAAUGCAAGAGAUGUCCAUGGACUACCAUUUCAAGGUGGAGCAGGAAGCUGGCUCUUCACUCUGCAACUUCUUUGGCUACAACGGAACCGCUGGAGUGUGGAGAACACAAGCGAUUGUCGAGUCCGGUGGUUGGGAGGAACGAACUACUGCUGAGGACAUGGACUUGGCACUUCGAGCAGGCCUCUUGGGUUGGGAAUUCGUUUACGAUGGCAGCAUAAAGGUUAAGAGUGAGCUGCCCAGCACUCUGAAGGCAUACCGGUCCCAGCAGCAUCGCUGGUCAUGCGGCCCUGCGCUGCUGUUCAAGAAAAUGUUUUGGGAAAUUCUUUCUGCCAAGAAAGUGUCGGUUUGGAAGAAGUUGUACAUGAUCUAUGACUUCUUCAUUGCCCGGAGGAUCGUCGGCACAUUCUUCACCUUAUUCUUUUUCAGCAUUCUGAUUCCGCUGAUCAUUCUAUUCCCUGAAGCGCAGAUCCCUGUGUGGGAGUUGAUCUAUAUCCCCACAGCUAUCAUUCUCCUUAAUUCAGUUGGGACUCCGAGAUCUAUCCAUCUGAUUUUACUGUGGGUCCUAUUUGAGAAUGCAAUGGCAUUGCAUCGAUUUAAAGCCAUUUUGAUAGGAUUUUUCGAAGCUGACAGGGCCAAUGAAUGGAUUGUCACACAGAAGCUGGGGAAUUUGCAGAAGCUAAAGUCCAUUGCCAGUGUUACAGGGAACGGUCGUUUCAAAGACAGGUUCCAUUGUCUUGAGAUAUUUAUCGGACUGUUCCUUCUGGUGUCUGCUUGCUUUGACUACAUAUACAGAGAUGACUAUUUAUACCUCUUCGUUCUUCCUCAAUCCAUCAUGUAUUUUGCAAUCGGUUUUCAGUUCAUUGGUCUCAGUCUCUCCGAAGACUGACCAAUUCAGGACGGAAUCGAAGAAAUUGGUUGCAUGUUAUGGCUCUGUUCAAAAUUGAGGUCUUGGGGGUUGAUCUCCAAGGACAGCUUGGCAGCUCCUGUGUUGUGCAAUGAAGUAGAGAUCUCACAUACUAUAGUAGUACUUCAAGAUAGGAUAAGCACAUGAGGGGUCGAGAUAAGUUAUAGUAGUGAUUAAGAGACUAAUGUACCAUCUAUUAAUCCCAUUGGUGCAGCAAAAUGCAUCUAAAAACCUCUCGAUGUAUCUGAAACACAACCGAUGUAUUUAGAGAAGAGUUGUGUUCACAUGAUCACAUCUUGGUGGCACUUCGAAAUGCAGUGAAGAUUUUAAACAUUCCAGA